AUGGACGUUGCGCUUGAGCUACUCGAUCCCCUAGUCUUGGACAAGGUGUACGCCUAUGUGCACCCUGCGCCAAACUCCAUUGCAAACUCAACUUCAGCCUUUGAGACUACUGCUGCUCUUACCGCCGAAGAUGGCCCCGUCUCAGCAUGGCCACGCGACAACAUCUACCGCCAAAUCAUAUCGAUUCUCGUCCUCACCCAGCUCGGCGCCUGCAUGCUGUACUGGGUGUUUUCGGCCCUCUCGUACUAUCUGAUCUUUGACCGCCGCCUGGAAUACCAUCCGCGUUUCCUCAAGAACCAGGUUCGCCAGGAGAUCAUCUCCUCCAUGAAGGCUGUGCCGUUUAUCAAUCUGAUGACCCUGCCCAUCUUCCUCGCCGAGGUGCGGGGUCACAGCUUGCUGUACACCAACGUUGACGAAUAUGGCUGGGGCUUCAUGGUCCUUUCGACGGUGCUGUACAUGGCUUUCAACGACAUCGCCAUUUACUGGAUCCACCGCAUCGAACACCACCCCAGCAUCUACAAGUACAUCCACAAGCCUCACCACAAGUGGAUUGUGCCGACACCCUUUGCCGCUCUGGCCUUCCACCCCGCCGAUGGUUAUGUCCAGUCGCUGCCCUACCACGUCUUUGUCUUCAUCUGCCCCAUGCAGAGAUACCUCUACCUGGUCAUGUUCGUCCUUGUCCAGAUCUGGACCAUUCUGAUCCACGACGGAGACAUGAUUACGGGCCACUGGGUAGAGAAGUUCAUCAACAGCCCUGCCCACCACACUCUGCACCACAUGUACUUCACCGUCAACUACGGCCAGUACUUUACGUGGGCCGACUACUACUUUGACUCGCACAGGGAGCCCCGCCCCGAGCUGGACCCCAUCCACGAGGCUCUGCGCGUCAUGCGCGAGAAGGGCCUCGUCGACGAGAAGGGAAACCCCAUCUCACAAAAGCCAAAGUCCGAGUAG